AUAUAGAAGUUGUAGCUAAAUACAGCGAGAAAAUGUAACGUGAAUGAUGUGUUGUCCAAAUAUAGUUUAAUUAUCUAGGACAUGCUGUGCCUGCUCCCCUCCAAGUCGCACAGUCAAAAACGGCUGGGAAUAAUGUGGAACAGGAAUCUAUUCAAUAACAAGGUUUCCAACAUACAACAGAGUUGUUUAUCGGCAGAAUAAGAUACCAGAUCCACAAGGAGAAUGUUUCAGCUUGGAAGCCAGCUGGCCCAGUUUCACUUCUCCACAGGACCCAGUACUGCUAUUGUAGGUGCCACAGGAGACAGUACACAGCCUACCCUAACAGUGCAGGACUUUAUCCAACGUGUCAGGAAACUUGGCGGACUGAAAAAAGAGAACAUUUUCUGCGACCUACGAGUUCCGACCCAGUUUCAAACCACCAAGGCAGACGACAUCGACCUCGUCAUCCUCACAGGUCACGGGGUGUUCUGCAUCGACGUGAAGCCCUGGAGAGGAACGGUCUCUUCCCAGCGGCAGCAAUGGCACGUCCAGCUCAAAGAACAGCACCACAACUUUACCAACACCUCCAUAGAACAGGUGGCUGACCCCCUUGAGGCCGUCAUGACCAAGACAACUAACCUGUGGCAGUACCUGAGGAGGAGCGGCCUGUCGGUGCGUCAGGAGCUCUUCCUUCCCAGGCUAGUCUUCCUCGCCCCAGACUGCCAGCUAGAUGAAGAGUUGAGGAAGAGGAGGGAGCUGGUCUCCCACAGUCAAAUAGAUGAGUUCCUCCACUCCUUCAGAGAGGGCUAUGUAGCCUGGAUAUCAGACGCCCUGACUCCUGCCUGGCUGUCUGGUCACCUGUCGUACCGUCAGAUAGGGGAGCUGAAACAAGUGGUGAGGAAAAUGGGGACCUGGGACCUGGUCAGACUACAGGGAGGAGAGCAGCUCAAGGGAGACUUCCGGAGCUGUCCUUACAUCGCUCUGGACCGCCAGGAGACUGACACCAUGGAGUUCUUCAAGAUCAAAACGCUGUCUGCUAAUUCGCUGUGGGCUCUGCUGGGACACGCCCCUCAGGUGACGGUGAAGAUGUAUAAACGUGGAGCUCCAGGCUGGCUGGGGAAGCCCCUGACGUCCACCAGCACCAUCCCCCACAACACACAGGUCAUCUUCCGGAUCAACGGAGAGGAAACGGACGCCGGGAUCCCCGCUAACACCAUCCAAAGCAUCACACUCAGCAUAUGACUUCUUUUUUUUUUGCCCUUGGUUACGGCCCAAAUGUCACCCUAUAUAGUACACUACUUUUAGUGUCACCCUAUAUAGUACACUACUUUUAGUGUCACCCUAUAUAGUACACUACUUUUAAUGUC